CUAGCCCUGCUCCGCAGGCACUGGCUGACUCGCGUGAUCUGGGUCAGGUAUUGGUCAACCAGGACGCCGGUCGGGAAGAGUCCCCACCCUCCCGUGUAGAAGAAGAAGAAGCUUUGCUAUGAAGUGAGAAAACCAGAGAGGUGACUGGAGAGGGACCUGGGGUUGAGGUUGAUCCACAGUCAUUCACCUGGCUGUUAAGGCUGACAGGAUUUCGUGGUUGUCUCCAUCCCCAAGGCUCCGUGGACGCCCUUCCCGGGAGCACAUAUCCAGUGUCCUCUGGGGAGUAGUGGAGCCAACUUCAGGACUGACUGACCAUGACUUCCAUAAAGGAGCAAGCAGCAAUUAGCCGGCUCUUGAGUUUUUUACAGGAUUGGGACAACGGCGGCAAAGUCGCAAGGAGUCACAUCCUCGACAAUUUCAUCAAGACCAACCAAGGCAAGACCUCUCCUGAACUGGAGCAGGAGUUUUCCCAGGGAGCCAGCUUGUUCCUGGUACGCUUGACCACCUGGCUUAGACUCAUCUAUAUGACUGGCUCCUGUUUAGAUAAGCUUCUACGGUCUAUUGGCAUCUUCUUGUCAGCGGUGAGCAGUAAUCAGUACCUUAGAGAAUUUCUGGAAGUUGGAGGCGUCCUAACACUCUUGGAAAUACUUGGGCUGGAGAAGGUCAGGGAGGAGGACAAGAAGGAAUCCAUCAAGCUACUUCAGGUUAUUGCAAACUAUGGCAGGAAGUACAAGGAGCUCAUCUGUGAAAGCUAUGGUGUACGAUCCAUAGCAGAAUUUUUGGCAAAGUCUAAAUCCGAAGAGACCCAGGAGGAAGUGCAGCUUCUGUUGGAUUCUUUGGUCCACGGAAACCCCAAGUACCAGAAUCAAGUCUACAAAGGUCUGAUAGCUUUGCUGUCCUGCACAUCACCAAAAGCUCAGCAGCUGUCCCUGCAGACUCUCAGGACUGCGCAGUCGAUCAUUGGAACCACCCACCCCAGCAUCGUGGAGUGCGUGCUGAAGGUGCUGCGCACAAUGCACCUGGAAGUCCAGUAUGAAGCCAUCGAGCUGAUCAAGGACCUGGUCAACUAUGACGUGUGCCAGGCGCUGCUCAAGGGCCUCGUGGAGCUGCUGAUACCGUCCGUCAAGGAGACCAGCAAACUGCAACCCAAGAUCCUCAACGACUCCUUGGUUCCCCAGCUCACCGCCCACCUGCCGGUGUUUUUGCAGCAGGCUGCGGCGGCCAAGGCCAUCGGGAUCCUGGCGCGCAGCAACACGAGCAUCGCCGAGGAGAUGCUGCACCUGCGCGUGGUGCACAGCCUGUUGGCCGCCAUGGGCAACUCGGACCACAGCAACAGCCAGCGGCAGGCCAGCCUCACGCUGGAGUACUUCGUGCAGGUGUUCCCGGUGGUGGAGGAGCACGUGCGCAGGUCCAUGGGAGAGGAGCUCUAUAAGCUCUUCCUAAGCAAUGCCGAGGACUUGUACAUGAAAAUAGAUAGCAUUCAGGCGGACAUCUUGGCGGCCAAUAAAGUCAAUGUUUCCAAAGGAUCAGCUGGCUUACAUCACAUACUUCCAGAAGGAGGAUGUGGAGGGAGAGGAGUAACAGAGCCUCUGAGGCAAUCCAGGAAGGCCCGGGCUGUGUUUCAGGAAGCCUGGCAGAAGGAUCCUGGGGUCACGCUCACGGUGACUCCACUGGCCCAGGUGGGAGGCUGAGGGUUGGGCCUGCCAGGAGAGGAGAGGGAGAGCUGCUGGCUGGCAAGAAUUCAAUAAAUAAUCUUGCUAUAUGUCUGUUCUCUGUGUAGCGGGGCGGGGGAAUU